AUGGGAAGUUACUCGAAGGCUUGGGUCGAUGGCCCCUUUGAACUCGUAAGCCCAGAGAAGACUGGCGACAAGAAAGAAAAACGAGCGACUGGAGCACGAAGACUUGCCGCGGAGAUGACACUAGUGCACAAUUGUAUCAUUCGCGGCAUCAAUGCCGUCUACUUGCAGUGCGUCAAUGUGUCAAAGCGUGGAACUGCAGAGGACAAGCUCGAUUUCGCCAACUUUGCGUCUCAAUGGGCCGAAUUUGUGAAUGAGCAUCACACGAUCGAGGAAACGUCAAUAUUCCCUGGCAUUGGCGAAAUAACCAGCGUGCCAGGGCUCAUGGAUGGCAAUGUCGAUGAGCACAAGGCCUUCCACGACGGACUGGAGCAAUACGUCGAGUAUCUGGAGAAGGUGAAGAAGAAUGAAGAGACCUUUGACGGGGAGAAGCUGAAGUCCAUUAUUGACGGAUUUAUGCCAACGCUUCGCACCCAUUUGGCGAAUGAGAUUGACACGCUGCUUCUUCUGACGGAGUAUGAAGACAAGGUUGACUGGAUGGAGUGGUUCGACAAGCAAGUUGGCGAGAAGAUUGGGGCAAUGAUGAAGAAUGCGGAGUAUAGAACAAACAUCUUUCCAAUUGCAAUCAUCUUCCACGAUAAGACAUAUUAUGAUGGAGUUUGGGCAAACUUUCCUCCGAUACCCUGGUUGUUUGCGCUGGCUCUCCGAUGGUUGUAUAUGAACAAGCACAAGAAUUGGUGGAGGUUUGCUGGGUGCGAUUAUACUUCGCACCCGAAAGAGUUACCAUUUGCUUAA